GUUGGAGGAGUUGGGUGGGGAAAAAUAGUUAGUGCUCGUGUACCAGAUGGAAGAAAGAGAAAACUGAGAGUACGGAGCUUUAGGUCAGAUGGUCGGGGGGCUUGAAAGUUGAUAUAAAGGCGGGUACGAGGUGACAAGAGCGGUGAACGUAUCUAGAACUUCCCACAAGAAGGCAACACACGUCCAACGUCCGGCAGUCCGGGCUGGAGGCUGAAAGAUGCAACUUGCCACACCAAAAUUUACCAUCAUUUUCCUCAACAAUACUUACCAUAUUUCAAGAUUGGUGUGGUUAGUUGUGCUGGGAUUGACGGCUUAUCUGGUCGAAUCAGCUCAGCCAGACCCACCAGCAUCUGGCAUUACAACCGUUGGCUCUCUCAGAAUAGCCACUGCUGAAGACUGCGCUGGAGUAGUGGCAUUUUCCGCAACAUUAGGCACGAAUAAUGAUGCCCGCCUCAUCUUCAGCCAAACGUUGGUCAACAAGGGCGUCGGCUAUGUCGCUGAAACAGGUAUAUUCACAACACAUUGCCCUGGACUCUAUCAAUUUAGUUUCGCUGGAUAUGGAAGCUCAGAUUUGAAAUUAACACUCAAGCGAAAAGCCAAUAAAUCGGAAAACUGGAGACCAAUCACAUCUGUUGGGCCUGGUGGCGGUGGAGCAAAUAUUGUACUGUUUGAUGCUGAAAUUGGUGAUCAAUUUGCCGUAUUUGUUGACGCUGGUAAAGCCACUGAAGGCAUGACGUACACUGGUUAUCGCGUUUCAAAAAAAUAAUUAGUAACAAGGAAAGUGAAAUGAUGAAAUUCAUUAGGCUGGAAUUUUCAUUGAUAAAUCAAUGCGAAGGAAAUUCAAAAUGAAAAAGAAAUAAUUCGCUGCCCCCACGCUACUCCCGAAGUACCUUUAUUUGUGCAUGCUAACGUUUUUUUUCUUCUUUCUCCAUCUAUUAGAUUUUACCGAGUGAUCCAUGGUCGGAUCCAUUGCAACUACCUGUGAUAGCUCCUAUUCUGUUCUACGCUACCUACCAUAACAACCUGAUUUGACUUUUUUUCAUUUUAAUUACAACUCAUUAAUUUCUAUUUCCAAUUUUCUAAUACUCUCUCUCUCUCUCUCUCUCUCUCUCUCUCUCUCUCUCUCUCUC